AUGACGCGCGUAGAACGCGUGAAAAUGGUAAGAGAGCGACGAAUGAAAGGAGCAAAAAAGGAUGACGGCGAAAGAAGAGGAGAAAGAAGACGUUCUUAUUUAAAAACGCACGGGAAAAAAUUACGCUCUGAUGGAGAAGAAGAAAAAUUUGUCGUUGGUGAUGAUGAUGAUGAGGAUGAUGAGGAUGUGGCGGCGCGACGACAAAAAGAAAUCGAAGAGUAUAUAAAUAGGAACAAAGAUUGCGAAAACGAAGAUCAUUUAUUAGGGGCAAAGUUACCAUCUUUGGAACAACAAACGAAACGUUAUUGCGAAAAAGAUCGCACGACUGAGAUUGUAUGUUUGCACAGAAAGAUGCAGUAUCCCGAAACGCACUGUAUGGCUUCGAACGUGAAGAUUGACGCGAGGAUGUUUCGGCAAUGGAUAUCUUCCGGGAAGGAUGAGAGCAAGUAUUAUCCGAAGGAAAUUGUCUCGAAAGGAAUUUUAGGUGGGAAUUGUGGGAGAGAUCCAGCGUUUGUGAGUGCUCAAUUUGGUAAGGGUGGCCAAGAAAUUUUAAUGAAUGCGUUUAGAGACGAUAGAAGUAGCGAUUGCUCGUUACGAGGUGAUACAAAGAAAUUCCUUGGUACGGUGUUCAUAAUUGCUCAUAGUUAUGGCGGCGGAAACCCAUGGCAUGAAUUGGAAGAAAUAUUACAUAUCUAUGCUUCAAUGCGAAUACAUGGUUUAGAAAAGACACUGAAAAGGAACGGUUUCGUAGUAUUAUUCGAUGGUAUUAAUUUAGGCGAUUGGAAAAAGACGCAUCCAAUUUACCAUCCUCUCGUGGAUUCUUGGUUUGGAGGACGGGAAGCAAAAACAAUGAAAGAAGUAUUAGGUGAUUCGGAUUGUGCGACAUUUGAAAAAGUUGCAUUUAUUCCCCACGGAGGAACUUCACAAUUAUCGCGAGGUAGCGGCGAUGCGGGAGCGAAGAAUUGUCGGAUUAGUCCAGUCGUACACGGAUUUGCAAAGACUAUUUUGAGCGCACAUCCAGAGAUUGAAAAAAUACGAGCCGAGAAGAUUGUCUUUAUUCAUAGAGGUAAAGGAACUUCCACGAGUAGGCCUGUGCAUGGAUAUGCAGAGUUCAUAAAUCAACUUCGUUUGAAUAUGCAACGGAAUGUUCAAGUUGUAGAUUUUGCUGAACUGAAAGACAUAUUCGAGCAAAUGAAAGUCGCUCGCGGCGCAAAAGUGCUCAUUGGCGAGCACGGUGCGGCGUUAACCCAUGGUAUUUGGAUGCAUCCAGGCACGACGUUAGUGGAAAUAAGACAAAAAUUUCGAUGUCACUGUUACGAAAACGUCGCCGCUUGGACAGGAUUAAAAUACAAUAGAUUAGAAUCCGUCGGUACCGCUCUCGCGACCUCUUUACAAUCAUACGCGAAAGGAAGAAGAAGGUAG